AUGACAUUGGCAGAAUUGCUGGGGCGUUCGAGAAUUGCUCAAGUAGCUAACAAUCACAAACCGUUGUCUUAUACCGGCAAAAAAUUUCACCCAACACACCAAAUAAUUGAAACUAAGCCAUCAACACUAUAUAGACAAGAAUGGGGGUUGAAAUCCGCUAUUCCGUCUAAAAUCAAAUCUAGGUAUUUGGUGUACAACGAUUUGGAUACGUUGGAACGAAUCACAACAUUCGAACCUAGAGGAGGCACCCAAUGGAAUAGAUUAAGAUUUCAAGAAAUGGGAGUACCCAUUGUGUCCAAUAUAGGCAGACAAAACCCAUUUUUUAAGGAUAUUUCACGUUCCGAGAAUGAUUUAGAUGCAAGAUUGUCCCUAUUCAAAGAAAUCACAGGUGAGGCAGAUAUUUCUCCCGCUGCCAUGGAAAAACGUUUGAAGAAGAUAAUCACACUCAUCAAGACGUUCCAAAAGGAUUUCAAGGAAUGGCUGGUGGAGAAGCAUCCGGACGAAUUGAGACUAAAUUCCAAUAAACUAGAAGAUUAUGUAGUGAAAUUUUUAAACGAAAAACUGGAAAAGAAAACGAGCAAUAAAUUCAAUUCUGAGAUCAUAGGUACGGGAGGGUUGUCGUACGGCUUAUCGGGAAAACUAAGAAACUCGCCAAACGGUGUGAUCCAGAGAACUGUGGUGCCGGGUAGAGUCUUAAAUGUUGUUAAGGAGAACAACGACAACAAAUGGCUGGCAGCUAUCGGUGGGUUCGUUGCCGAUGUAGUGUUUUUCCAAUCUCCACCCAAUUCUUUCAAUUCAAUGGGUGAUUUCAUUAGGAUGAAAACAUUUUUAUUUGAGAUUCUGGAGGCUUCCAUGGAGAAAAAUGGUUCUGUAUCAAUGCAUGCUAGAUUACUGGAACCACAAAAUGACAAGACCAGAGAGUUCUUCAAUAAGAGACCGAUCUAUAAGCCUUUGACCUCUAGAAGGGCCCGUCGACCAUCAGUGGGGAACAUUCAGGAGGCUAACAACCUUUUGAAUAUAAUUAAGGGAAACUGA